CGUCCGGGAAUGGGCCCGGGACCGGGAAUGAGCCGGGAACAGACGGAGCUGGUGUAAGCCAAACUCGGGAUGAAUUCUUCAAAUGUGAAACACAUUUCAGUCUCUUCCCCACACACUUACAACAUGAAUAACAUCCAUGUCCCUCCAAAAGUCCUCAUGCCACCCGUUUUCCAACCUGCGAGUUGGGAAAGGGCGUCUGGAAGGGAUGGGAGCUCUGCCUCCAGUUCGGAUGAUUCCCAGGAAUCCGACUCCAAGAGCCUGGCAGAGGAGAGGCAGUACCAGCUGGGACUCCAACAGAGGAUCCUGGAAAACGAGGGGCUGGUAGGGCUGGAUCCUGAUGACAUCCUGGAGGAUGACAGCUUGGAAGAGGACAGCUUGGAGGAGAUGAGUUCAGGAGAGAAAGGAGCUGAGCAUGACACAAAUUAUAAAGGAAAACAAAAGAAUUAUGGCAGUGGAAGGAAAAAACAGCCUGUGGACAAAUAUUCCAACCUGAGGUACAAACCUCACUGGAAGAGAACAAAAAAGGGAGCAGAAUUUUUUAAGGCAGAGAAAGCAUCCCAAGCUUCUGUAAGAAGCAGUGAGGACUUCUCACUGGAUUCAUUUUACCUCCAUUCUGAUGGCUCCUCAGAAAAUAAUCAACAGGAGGCAAAGACCCAGGAUUCGCUCUCAGAAUUAUUCAGCUUUCAUGGAGCAAAUGUUGUGGCCAGCAAUGAACCUGAUGGGCCACAAGCCAAAAGGAGGGAACCUGCAGAAGGAUUUCAUUCCAGAGAUAAUCCUGGCCGUGCUUUUCCUCCUGAAAUUCAACAAGAUCCACCCCAAAGAGCAAAAAAAAACUUUGUGAAGAAAAAUAAACGGACUUUAGGGUUACAGUCAGAGAAGAGAAAUUCCUACCUUGAGCUGCACAAUAAGAAGCAGCAAGUUCUUCACAGGCAGGUUACAGAUCCUACACCAGCUGAUGAAGAACCACUCCAGGGCAUCCCAGCAUUCCAGACUGGGAAGAUGAAGCCUGAAGACAAUGGGUACCCAAAAGGACAGCAGCUCAAGGAGCAGCACAAGUUCUCCCAGACAAGUAAAACAGAAUCCAACCAGACUCUCAAUGGAAGAGCUUUUCCAAGGAACGACAGCCAGCAGCUCCCAGGAGGAGCAGCAGAAGCAAAGUCUUGGCACCAGCAAAUCCCAGGAUUUCAGGCUGCUCCCAGUGCAGUGGAGCGGGACAGCAGCACAGAGCUGCAGGAAUGUCUGAAUCCAAGCUCUUCUGUUGGUCCUGGCCCAGCAGAAAAAUCCAAAACUGGCUUAAAUAAUUUCCCAAAUGCAACUCACCCAGAUUUUACCACAUCUACCUAUCGUUUUCUCCCAAUAUUCCGUAAUUUUAACCCAGCAGAGGAUUUAUACCCAGAAUAUCCCAGCAAGGAGAGCAAGAAACACCAGCAUGACUCUCCCCAUGGAAUUCCACGGCAACACUCAACCAGCCACAUCCCUGGGCAGCAUUUUUCCAGGGAUAACAGCACUGGUGGCCAGGCACAUCCAAAAUUCAGGAGUAUUUCAUCUAUUUUUAAUGCAAGUUUUCAAGAAAGGGCAAAGGAUCAAGCACCACUUCAAGAUUUGAAAAAUCAUAUUCAUGAGGAUAACAGUUCACCAACAGCCUCUUGUGGAACCUCCCACUUUACAGAAAUGGAGCAACAUCAGCCAGGAAUUUCUGGUUUAAGAGAUGAUUUUGCUGACAAGUGGUUGUGGAGUUUGCUCCCACCUGCCCUGUCCCAGGUACAGGGGGGUUCACAGGGAGAUUCAGGAAGAGCUGAAGGAAAUCCGAGGAAAAUGAGACGAAGCAACUCAGAAGGAUCUCUCCUGCCAAUGGAAAAGAAAAACCAGCCCAGAGCCAGCAAGAAGGUGUGUAGCUCAAAAUUCUACAUCAACCUGAAUAUGAAGCUUGGAGGCCUCGGACCUGACUAUGAAGCAAUCAAAGAGAAAAAACAGAAGCUAAAGCUGCAAAAGGAAUAUUCCAGGCAGAUUAAUGAAUAUAACAUGAAAAAUAUUACUGUGGUUCAGAGGUUACCUGCAAAACCCCAGGUGUCAUCGGUGUCCAGACAGAAGGCUCUGGAAUAUGCCAAGAAGAUUCCAAGACCAAAGACCUUCGUUACAAAGCAACCAGACCAAGAGGUGAAAGAGGAAAGGGCUCUGCCCCAGGCUCCAGCUGGAACCAGUUUACCCCAAAUCCCAUCCCUGGAAUCUUUGUGGAACAGGCACGAGAAGGAGAAGGAAGUUGUGGCUGCUUUCAAAGCCCUUCAUAUUUUAUAGGUGUUUGGGAAAUCUUAGCGAUCUCUUCAAGGCAAAAAUGCCUGAAUUGUUUUAUUUUGAGCCAUUAUGACCAUCACAUCUUGAUUUCCCAGCCCACUGAAAUUUAAACUGCCUUAAGCCUAACCAUUUUUAAAUGUUAGAAUUGGUUCUAGCUGUACCUAUUUUGUUUAAUAAAUUGACCAUUUGCAUUUA